AUGGAAUCCGUGUUUCUUCGCGCCUGGUCAACCCAUGUCGAUGAUGGUUUUGUGUCGUUGUUCGUCACGUGUAUUCUGUUUGUCAUGACUGUUUGCCUCCUGGUAUAUUGGCACCGAGAGUCUCUGGCGUGCCUCUCCCCACGGGAUGGCAAAUCUCUACCCCCGGGGAAUAAUGGCCUGCCGUUUCUUGGCGAGACCCAUCUGCUUGCUUCACAGAAGGAUGAUUUCUUCCGUAUACGUCGCACGCAGUUUGGCGCCAUUUUCCGCACGCACCUGUUCGGGUGUCCGGCUGUGCGGGUGACUGGUGAGGCAAACAUUAAACAGCUGAUACAGAUGGAGGGUCGUCAGGUGAGGUCCUUCUACCCCGUGUCGGUCCGACGUCUCCUCGGUGAUAGCGCCAUUGCAACCACGUCUGGACCACAUCAUCGUGAACGGAAGCGCCACCUCACUCAAUAUCUGUCCCGCGACUUCUUCCAAAACCACGUACCACUAUUCUCAAAGGUUGUCAACGAGCACCUUAUGAAAUGGGACAAACAGGAAGUGAUAGAUAUGUACCCAGCAUGCAAAGCUCUCUCGGCGGAAGUUGCGUCACGGUUCCUGCUCGACAUGGACUUAUCGCCGGCUCAGCUUGACGAGAUCAGAAGUCUGUUGUCGGAGUUUACAGACAAUUUGUUCUGUUUUCCUGUGUAUUUCCCAGGCACAAGCUAUUAUAAGGCCUACAACGCGAAGAAAAGACUGUUGACAAUUAUGGAAGAGAUCUCCAAAACUGAGAGCACAUGCAACAAACAGACAUCUGUGCUUGCAGAGACGUUGCAGCCCACCUCAGACCUGCACGGAUCCCAGACCCCACUGCAGAUGCUGGAAACACUCUUUGAACUGCUGUUUGUCGGAGCCGACAACAAUGGCUCGGGGAUGUUCGCCAUCAUCAACCUUCUUGCCAGGCACCCUGAGGUUGUCAACAAGAUACACGUGGAACUUGAGGAGGCGGGGCUGGUGGGUGGAACUGGUGGAGACCACGCCCCUGAAGAUAUCACUUUGGAGCAGGUGCGCGGUCUGCCCUACAUUCGGGCAGUGCUGAAGGAGUCUAUGAGAUUAAUGCCCCCUGUUGGCGGUUUCUACAGAACUGUCACGGAAGCCUUCACAAUCAAUAACUUCUACAUCCCAAAAGGCUGGCGAGUCAUAGCUGGGAUCAGAGAAACCCAUGAGAACGACCCUGCUAUCACUGACCCUCUGAGCUUCGACCCCGACCGUUGGCUCAAUAGAGAUACCAAGCCUGCAUUCCUGGCCUUCGGGGGUGGCUCCCCGGGUCUGUCCGGGAAAAGAAUACGCCGACAUCUUGCUACGGGUGUUCAUCAUUAA